AUGUCGUCACGACCAACCAAGAUGAAUCUGUCCGAUCCUAACGACAAGCAUCUCUUGAAGAACCUUCAUGAAGAGAAGUCUGGCUCUAAUUCCACUCAGUGUCGGAUGAAAGAAGAGCCCAUGUUAUCUCCAAUGCAGCUUCUCUCUGAACAUAUGGACUCCAAGGGUAGUCCGGUCCCUGAUCCUGCCUUCAAAGAUAAACCGAAGGGUAUGGACGAUGAUGCCGACGUGUUCGAUGCUAUGACGGCGGACUUUGAUUAA